GCAAGGGUUAAAGCAUGCAGGACAGCAGUGCAGCAGUAGCAGGAACAGUAGCAGCAGCUCACUUAAAACAAAUAUGUCCACCACUGACAUGAGCAUGGGCAAGAUCAUCUUCUACGAGGACAGGAACUUCCAGGGUCGCUCCUAUGAGUGUCUGAGUGACUGUGCUGACAUGUCCUCCUACCUGAGCAGGUGCCACUCCUGCAGGGUGGAGAACGGCUGCUUUAUGGUCUAUGACCGACCCAACUACAUGGGAAACCAGUACUUCAUGAGGAAGGGCGAGUAUGCUGACUACAUGAACAUGAUGGGAUGGAGUGGUGCAAUCAGGUCUUGCCGUAUGAUCCCAAUGCACAGAGGCCAGUUUAGGAUGAGGAUUUACGAGAGGGAGAACUUUGGUGGUCAGAUGUAUGAGCUGAUGGACGACUGUGACUCCAUCAUGGACCGCUACCGUAUGUCCGACUGCAUGUCCUGCCACGUGAUGGACGGCCACUGGCUGAUGUACGAGCAGCCCCACUACAGGGGCAAGAUGAUGUAUCUGAGGCCCGGAGAGUACAGGAGCUUCAGGGAAAUGGGAUUCGGAGGCACAAGGUUCAUGAGCAUGAGGCGCAUCAUGGACAUGUGCUAAACAUGUUUAUUUCAAAAUAAAAUAUAUAUAUUAAAAGAUCUUAAUAAA